UGUGCUAAUGCCUUUCUAUUUUUAAACAGGUCGGUUCCGCGUCGACAACUUAAACAAAUUGAAAAAUCUGUGCAGUAAAACAAUUGGAGAGAAAAUGAAGAAAAAGGAGCCUGUUGGUGACAGUGAUAAUCUACCACAAAAUUCGCAGAACCUUGAUGAUCUCAAUGCUGAAGUUUUAAGCGAUUUAAGUGUAACUCAGAUCAAGAAAAUACGGGUUCUCAUUGAUGAAGCUAUCACCAAGUGUGAUGCAGAGCGUCUGAAACUGGAAGGGCAAAGGAUGGACUGUCUGAGAGAAAUUGGUAAUAUCCUACAUCCCUCCGUACCCAUCAGCAAUGAUGAGGAUGUAGACAAUAAAGUGGAGCGAACAUGGGGAGACUGUACAGCCACAAAAAAGUAUUCCCAUGUUGACUUAGUGGUCAUGAUUGAUGGUUUUGAAGGAGAGAAGGCGGCUGUAGUGGCAGGGAGCCGAGGCUAUUUCUUGAAGGGUCCCUUGGUAUUUCUAGAACAAGCCCUGAUCCAGUAUGCUCUACGGUGCCUGACCAGCCAAGGCUAUACUCCACUUUAUACACCAUUCUUUAUGAGAAAAGAAGUAAUGCAAGAAGUGGCCCAACUUAGUCAGUUUGAUGAAGAACUCUACAAGGUUAUUGGAAAAGGCAGUGAAAAAUCGGAAGACAGUUCAAUUGAUGAGAAAUACUUGAUCGCUACUUCUGAGCAACCAAUUGCAGCUUUUCACAGAGAUGAAUGGUUAAAACCUGAGGAUCUUCCGAUUAAAUAUGCUGGACUUUCCACCUGCUUCCGUCAGGAGGUUGGCUCCCAUGGCCGUGAUACUAGAGGAAUCUUCCGUGUUCACCAAUUUGAGAAGAUUGAACAAUUUGUUUUUGCUUCCCCUCAUGAUAAUAAAUCAUGGGACGUUUUCGAGGAGAUGAUCGGAACUGCUGAAACAUUCUACCAAUCCUUGGGCAUUCCUUACCGCAUUGUAAAUAUUGUAUCAGGUGCCUUGAAUCAUGCUGCUAGUAAAAAACUGGACUUGGAAGCCUGGUUUCCUGGCUCUGUGGCAUUCCGAGAGCUAGUGUCUUGUUCUAACUGUACAGAUUACCAAGCACGAAGGUUACGAAUCAGAUACGGGCAAACCAAAAAAAUGAUGGACAAAGCUGAAUUUGUGCACAUGCUAAAUGCUACAAUGUGUGCAACAACUCGUGUUUUGUGUGCUAUCUUGGAGAAUUACCAGACUGAAGAAGGGAUCGUGGUACCAGAAUGUCUAAGGCCAUACAUGCCACCAAGUUUGACUGAGCUGAUCAGGUUUGUUAAGCCUGCACCAAUUGACCAGGAACCAUCAAAAAAACAGAAGAAGCAGCAAGAAGGAAGCAAGAAGAAACCUGCAUUCUCUGAUACCGGUUUGGAGAAUAAAGUACAGAAUAUGUCUGUCCAUAAUUAAUGGAUCCUUUUAACUAAAUGGUAAAAUUAUAUUUGGUGUACUUACUGUCCAAAUUAAUUAUUCUUGUGGAUGACAUACUUUACAUGGAUUUCCAUUACAAAUAAAACCACCGAAACAGACUGUAUCUAAUAGUAAUAAUGUGCAUCUCCUGGAAAGAUGAUCAUUUACCUGAAGUGUAGAAAAUUUUAUGAAGAGUUUGCUGCCAAUGUAUGUUCAUGGAAUAUGGAAUUUUAUCUCUUCAAUUAUUUACAAUAAUAAAUAACUACUGAAUCACGUAAAUUUAACUUGUAGGUCUAAAUUAUUCCAAUUUUUAUGUAGUUAAUUGUAAAGUGUAUCACACUUUAUAAUUAACAUCGUGAAAUGCAUCCUGACUAGGGCUAUAGUUGAACUUCAUUAGGAAUUGCAUUGUUAAGCAAUACAAAUUUAAUGGUGAAAAUUUUCUGUUUUCUUCAUGUCACAUUAUAUUUACACAUUCAAGUUAGCCAGGCUCCGAUAUUAUCCCUGUUUUUGUUUCGCUGAGCCAGUUGUCCUUAAGGUAUUAGUGAAUGCAUGACAUAUAGUCUGUGACUGCAGGAUACAGGGCUCUACCUGACAACUAUGAGCAGCUUCCUGGCUUUGUGUCUGCACAGCAAGACAAGACAAUGUGGGGAUUGGGGGAUGACCAUGAGCGAUGGCUUCACCUAAAGAAGGGGCAGUGCUCCGAAAGCUUAUGAUUUCAAAUAAACCUGUUGG